AUGAGCGUGGAGGCCUUGGCACAGGACGUAUUGGAGGCCAAGCGCGAGAUCGGGAGAUUCCUCACGCUGAUCGAGAAUCAGAAUGCGACGAUUGGCCAACUCCAGGAGGUGUCGGUGACGGCAAGGGCGACGGCGGAGACGGGCGCGGCCAGUCGGCAACGCCAAGACCAGAUCAUGGAUGCCCUGAUUGGUGGCAAGGGCAAGCCGCCGUCCUUCGACAAUGUGGAGCAGGACGCGAUGAACUACGGCAGCUACGACGACGAGUGGCGUCAGAGGGCACGCAGCCUAUACUUCAUGUUCACGUGGUGUACAGAGGGCACGCCACUCGACAUCGUCAGGAAUAUUAGCAAUCAGGACGGCUUCGAGGCGCAUAGGAGGCUGAGCUACCAUUACGACCCGCAGAACAUGGGUAGCACCCUCUCGCGGCUGAUGAAGGUGCUGGAAUUUGAUUUCGGCGGCGAGUCGGAGUUCCUGGACAACCUCGCAAAGUUCGAGAACCUGAUCGAGGAGUACGAGGAGAUGUCCAAGGAGGCCCUCAGCAACAACAUCCGCUCGGCGGUGCUGAUCGCGCGGGCUCCUGACGCGUUGAAGAACAACGUCCUCUUGUUGAUCCCGAAGGAAGACAUCCAGUGGAACACGAUUAAGAAGACAAGUGGCAAGUGGCACCGACGGCUUGGCAAACGCGGCGACUGGAAAGGCGGCAAAGGUAGAGACUCAAAAGGCAAGUGUACAGACUCGAAAGGCAAGGGCAAGGACAGACGCGACAAGGGCGGCAAGGGUGACGGCAAGCAAAAAUUCCAGAGAAAUUGUGGUCGAUGCGGUAACAGCUGGAACGAGGGCUGGAACACCGACGACUGGGGCAAGAGCUGGGGUGGCCAGCAGAGUCAGGGCCAGGGCGACUCCGCCCCAGCGCAGCCCAGCAAGGAGACCAGCAGCACUGCGACAACGGCCGCGUCGGUUGCGUGCCAGGUGUGCGACGACGAGUCGGCCUGGAUCUUCGCGGUCGGCACGUGCGACGGCUCCAAGGGCGCGCGCGUGGGACAGGUGGUCGACGCAAUGGUCGACGCAGGCGCGAAUCGGUCGGUGCGCGGGCCGCAGGACAUCCCAGACUACUCGAUCAUCCAGGACGCGAAGCUGGAGAUCAUGGUCGCGAAUGGGGCGAAGACCAGGCACUACGGCGACAAGCGGGUGAACCUGAAGACGGAGUCCCACGACGAGAUCAAUGUGAAGUUCCACGUGGCAGAUGCGACGGGGCCGAUCCUGAGCGUGACCAGUAUCAAUAUUGCAGGUGCCGGAGCGGAGCUCCCGCCAUCCAGUGCGAGGAGCUCGGCUUCGAUCGCGAGGGAUUCGCGGGGCGGGCGAAAACCGCUUGGGCUGAUUAAGGAGUUCGGGCUGUUCUUCCUGCUCGCGACGGUCAUGGCCUGCGCGGGGGCGCAGCGCGGGGCGCGCGGUCUGGUCGUCAACAGCGCGGCCACGGACGACGCGACCCCGCUCCUGGCGCAGGAGGUUGCUCGGGAUGUCGGCAACAAGGCGACGUUCAGAACUGCCCCGAAGAUGAGCAAAGGCAUCAACGGCAUGUGCGGGAUCGCGAUUGAGCUGAGGAGCCCGAUCAUGGCAUGGAUCGCGCGCCACGCGUCGUGGACACACGAUCGGCUCUUGGCCCACCGCUCGGACUACAAGACGUCGUUUGAGCGUCAGAACGGGAAGCACUGCGACAAGUGCGCCUCUUGGCGAGACGGCGAUUCGAAGACAGCCUGGGCCAAUCGCGGCGAAGUUCGAGACCGCGUGGGGCUGCGGGGCGCACUUGGGGAGGCUCGUGGAGAGCGAGCGCUACGACAAGCAGCUACUCUUGGCCAUGCGAGGCAUCCCCAUUCGGACCUGAAGGCGGACCGCAAGAAGAGCGACGGCGCGCGGAGCAGGUUCGUCGCGAGGCAGUUUCAGGACGCGCAGGCGGGGCAUUUCUUCGCUUGCCCUCCGAGGGCGGAGGCCGAGGGGGCGCUGAUGGCGGCGGCGCUGCUGCUCGAGCGCGCGAUCGCGUCGACGGACUUCAGCGACGGGGCGGAGAUCUACGUGGAGAUGCCGCCUGAGUACGGCAUGGGGCGUGGAUCCGCGUGGGCGCUGAAGAAGUCUCUCUACGGGCUCAGAGAGGGGGCCAGGGUAGUGGUCCACAUGGGCGAUCCUCUUGCCCCUGGUCCAACGCGGCGCGUUCUCGACGAGUUCUUCGACAAGCUCGCGGGGCACCUCGUGAUCAAGGGCCGCUUCGUCUUGGGCGAGAAACCCGUGAUCCACCUCGCCUCGUCGUUGCAGCGGUUCGACGACGUGAUCGCGGAGAAGAGCAAGCCCGGGCACGUGGGGAGCACCUUCGAGACCACGGGCAUGACCGACUGCCAGCCUGCGGGCACAGCAGGCGCCAGGCCAGACCCGACCGAGCCUGGCUCAAAGGAACCGCUCGACAGCGAGGAGCACUCGCUGCAUCGGAGGUGCUGCGGGACGAUCCAGUACGCCAUUCCCAGGAGGCUGGGCGCGACGCAUCCGCAGCAGGAGCUCGGUCGGCGGCUGAGCGAGCCGCGGAAGGCCGACAUGAAGUGCCUGAAGCACUUCCUCCGCUACCUCAACAGGACCCGCGACAUGGCGAUGGAAGUCGACCUGCGCUGGAGCGGUGCGGUCCUAGAAGCGCACGCUCGCACAGAGUCGGCGUUGGCUCAGUCGAGUCCUGAGACCAAGUACCUUGGCGCAGGGGAGUUGGCGGCGGAGAUGCUCUACGCGCCGGAGCUCUUGCGCUUCGCGUGCUACGGCGCGUCGAUGGAGAUCGAGUGCGGCGCCUUAUCCGCCGUCGCCAUCGUCGCGCGACGCGGACUCGGACGCCUACGGCAUCUCGAGGCGAAGUGGCUCUGGCUCCAACAACUCGUCGGCACGGGCCAGACCAGGAUCGCGAAGGUGAAGGGCAUCGAGAAUGCCCCAGACGUCGGCGCGAAGUUCCUCGGCAAGGCGUCGCUCGAGAAGUGCAGACCCAUGCUCGGCCUGGCGGCGGUCGACGGGUUCGGCAGCGCGGCGGUCGCGGCGCUCAGUGCAGGGAGAUCGGCGCGAUCCUUGGCGAUUUUCAUGAUCCUGGUGAGCGGCGCGAGAGCGCAACCUGACCAAGACAGAAGAGGAUUCGGGCCGCUCGUGAUGGUCAUGUUCGCCUGGGUCCUGAGCUGCGUUAUCAUCGGUCUGUUGUUCGGCUACCUUCGCUCGCACCUCAGAGCGUUGCCUGGCGAAUGCGGCGAUACCGUCGGGAUCGAUUACAUCGAGUUCCUCUACGGAGAUGCCGACGGAGCCGACGUCGGUACCGCCACACCUGCGACCUGGGAGGUCGGGUCACACACGGACGGCGAGAGCGCGGGACCAUCGAGGCCUGGAGACGGCGCUCGGUUCCGCGGAGGGCGUCCGAGAAUGCAGUUGAUGUACCACCUCGACGAUUAUCCGGCCAUGGUCCAUGCGACGCCGGACUGCCCGGUGCUGGCCAACCGGACGAGGUGGAUGUCAACGCGCGGGACGUGCUCGAUCUGCUGCGCGGUGUUGCCUGCAGAACGGGCGACGCUGUUCCACGCAGACAGCCCAGAGACGCUGGUGCACCGCGACCAAGGGUGCCACGGACUGGGCGGCCGCAGGAGGCGGCUGAUCGAUCGGGUGUGCUGCAGCGUCUGCUUCGGACAGAUGCAGUGGAGGCUGCCCGACGGUGUCGACGUGUCCCCCGCUAUCACGGAGCUGUUCGCCCGGCCCACGGUGGGGUCGCCCCUCCAGCACGGGCUGCUGCCCAGCAGCAGCCACUUGUCCGACUCUGGCCAGAACACGCCGCUGAACCCCGAGUCGCUGCCGACCCCGCCGGCGCUGCCGCUGCCGAAGCGGGAGGGCCAGGCGUGGAGCAAGGGCAGUUUCUGGGACCUGAAGGAGGUGUGGGACGAGGCCGACGAGACCGCGCCGCUGCCGCCGCCCCCGCGCCGCGCAGUGCUCCUGCACACGCUGAGCGGCAUGCUGGGCUCGAUGCUGGCGGCGGCCGUGUUCUUCCCCGUGGAGACCGUCAAGGUCCACGUGCAGACUGCCCCGCUUAGCGACACCGCUGGCUUCGUGGGCACCACGCUGCGCAUCGUUCAGAGGACCGGGGCUCCGCACAUGAAAGCGAUGGGCUGA